UUCGCCGAGGUGGUCGAAUAGUCACGCUUUAACCCGCGAUCCGCGAGGCGGACAGCACUCGCCAGGAACGCGCAAGUGCUCGGAAAAGAAGGAGGUCCCCCACGAACAUCCCCUGUCGAUCCCCUUGUCUGUUGAAGCUUCGUCUUGCGAGCCUUCACCGAGACACGUUUCCUCCUCCUGACCGACUCCCAAAACCUACCUCCCUCGAAUCGCGAAAAAAAUCGAAGAACACCAAUCGAAGAAAGCAACCGCUUAAAUUUAAUUAUGGUGCGUGUGUUCCCGAGGCAGGAUCGACAGUAGUGGCGGAUCGAUUGUCAUCAGACGGAGGAGUCGCGUGUGACGGGAAUUUCAGGAUCGAUGUGACCAGCACCGAUGCCAGGAAUUCGCUGCGUGGCAACCAGUUGCGGAUGCGAACUGGUGUUAGAAUCCGUAUAUUAAGCUCGCACCAUGAAUGGGUCCUUCGGCGUGAAAUCGUAAUCCGGAAACGCUGUCAAAAUUCAGCCGGUGGAGGCUCGCACGGAUUUUCAAAUCGUAUAAAGGUGGCCUCGAGCGAUCUGCUUUCUCUCUUUUUUUUUUCUUCGUCGGAUCGAUCUGGAGAGCGUGGCAGAUCGUUGAGUGUCGCGAAGAAGCGCUUUUAUUCAGCUGAGAGAAGAUAAUCGCUCUUAAAGACCUGUACAUCGAGGAUAUAGAAGACAACAAUCGCGUCACAUCGAUCUGGUUGGCACAAGUUGACAAACGCGAUAUCGAAUCUCUUCAACUUCCCCGUAUCUUCGUCGUUUAAAAUAUCACAACGUGCGCCUUAACGAUACCAAAAAUUAAAAAAAAAAAAAAAAUAAUAAUAAAAACGAAUAGCACACAGGCCUAACUUGGGAUCAACGGACUAACGAUUUCAGAUCACGCGAUUUUCUAACGCGUGAAACGUCUCACGCAGCCUUUCCGAAAAGAUUUUUCAUACGCGUGCAGAUACGAGCCAUACGCGCGCAUUAUCGAAAUCCAUGAUUUCCUAUAAAAUAGCAGCGGCUGAAAGGUCGUGAUCGAUCGACUCAAUUUGAUAACCCGCAGGAACCUUAGAGUGUACCGUGUUAUGUAUAUGGAUAAGAUGGGAACUGAAAAGUGAAAGAGAGGUGAAUAUCGGAAGAGAAAGAGAGAGAGAGAGGCAUUCGGAGAAGCCGUGCGUGGUUUAUCUAUGCCACGUCAAGAUUUAUCAGUACUGUUACUUAAGCAAGCAUCGAAUUUGAAGAUGCAGACGUGGCGAUAAUCAAAUUGGCCGCGAAUCUGUUGCGUAAUGUCGAAUCAAGAUUGCUCGCGGCCCUGCAUCGAUUUCAAGAUCAUUCUUCACGACGUUCCUCGAAACUUUGAGAGAAAGCUCGCGACAAUAGAAUGUUUAAACGAUAAUCCAUUGAAUUAGAGGUCCGAACAGACUACACUUUCACCGCAAAUUAUAAAUCUAGUUUUGUAUCGAAAAAAAAAAAAAAAAAAGAAACAACUAUCGUUCGAUGCAACCUUCAUCGAGCUUCCGUACGACAAAGUCACCCGACGACUGCAUCCCGCGUUUUGGAAGCUCGAGCUAGUAAACGGCCUCGCUCUCAAUGUCUCCUAGAUACGAAAGACGGAAACACGAUCGAGUUCACUGGAUCCCCCGUCCUCUGCCGGACGAGUCAUCCACGAGGAAAACGAUGGUAGACGGGUGUCUGCUCGACAGUUGAUCCUCAGAGAGAACCAAGAAUAACCGCAUAACAAACACGGCCUAAGCGAUGAUCGGCCUGUAGAUUGGCGCGCUCGAUGAGUCGUCGCGGAAACGAGCAUCAAGCAGCAGCAGCGAGCACCACCCGAACAAGGAGAAGAGGAAAGAGAAGAAGGCGGCGUAGAAGAAGAAACUUGUAGCCGCGCGAAGCGUCGUCACCCACUUGAAAGAGUCGCGUGAUCCGGGUGAUGCGCGGAAGUAGCUCGGAACUUUUGCUGGAGGCGAGCUGCAGCCAGUGCCAGAGCGAACGGGGACACCAGCGUCGGGACAGCGACGACGGCGGCGGCGGCGGGCACGAGUUCCACGAGCGGGAGCUACGUCGUCGCAAGCUGUUGGAGCUCGGGUUCGGCGCGUCGCGGCGCCGACCGCCACGGCGUACCUGCCGUCAGCGGCUUAACUUCUACGCCACGUCGGCGCUGGCCUUCGUCGCCACGUCCGGCGGUGCGGCGCUUCUCUUCCUGGUACCGCUCUACGUCGAUCCGGCCAUCAGCACCCUGGCCGCGGACUUCUCGCCCGAGCCGGUGAUCUGCACGACCUCGCGGCGCGAGGAGCUCGCCGGUCUCUUCAAUUGCACAUGGAGCUCCUGCCGCGAGGGUUGCACCAGCGACGUGUACAGGUGCACCCACAUAUACGUCACCUACACGCCCUGGAAUAACGUCACCAUGAGGAAUGACACCGCCGGGAGAAACACCACCGUCGCGACCAACGUCACGACCACCGUCACUGCCGUGUCCUCCCCGGGGGACGUCGAGGCGGUGCUGCUGGUGAACAUCAAGGGCUGUGGAUAUCCGCCUACGGUCGACUGCGAGAACUUCACCCGCGAGUUGGGUUACGAGGGCGCGAGAUUUCCCUGCCAUUAUAGCCGGGUGAACGGUAGUAUAGUGAUGGCGAACUAUAAUCGCGAGGCACAAAUCACCAUCAUUAUGCACUUCUUCGCGGCGCCUUUCGUAGUGACUCUCGCGACCAGCGUCGCGCUGUGUGUGAUGCACUGUGACUGCAGGUGCACUCCGCCACCGCGACAUCCGCCGCGCGGCAUGAGAAGAUCCAAGGGCAACGAUCUCAGCGACCACUCAAUCAGCAACCGCGUGGACCGUCGCGGACACCCAACAUAUUGCGAGUGCGGCGAGGUGACGAGGCCCUUAUGACGACGCGAGGAGACGGCUGAGAGUGCCCUGGCCACAUCGCAGUCCGAUUUCUAGGCCCCGUUCACUCUGCCCGUCCUCGACCGUCCUCGACCGGCCGUUCUUUGGUGCCGGCAAAAUCUCUGUCUCUCGUUUGAACUCUAAACUCUGCAUGUUUUCCGGCAGCAUUUCAUUCCGACCGUCCCCGUUCACGGCAUCGCCGUACGUGUACAAAUCAACAUUCGCGUCGAAAAUGCAUACAUGAACACGUACGAACGCAGAGACACACACACACACAUACACACGGAUACAUACAAAUAUAUACACACAUAUAUAUAUAUAUAUAUAUAUAUAUAUACGACUGAUGCAGGAACAGGAAACGAUCCUUCGAUUCUCCCGACGAACUUGUCCGCUGACUAUAAAGAGUAGAAUUGCUCCCGCGGGUAGUUGCUGCAACGUUACCACGUGGUUAUUGCGUGGUUAAUUGGUACAAGGGCGGUUCGCGGCUAGUAAUUACCAGUGACUGUGCCGGUGGUAAUUGAGUGAUCGACGCGAUUAUAUAAAGCGCGCACGACGAUGAAAAGUAAACCGUUUGCGUGAUGCGUAUCUUGCGAUCUGGACGAAAGGUAAGGCACAAAUUGGCUAUCAUGUGUAAGAUGAAUAAAUUUAUUUUACACCGAGAUGUAUAACAUUACAAAACGGUGCAUUACAUGCUGAAUGACGUUUCGUUGGGUAAUUAUCAAUUAUUAAUAAUGUUCGAAAAGUAAGAUUUUUUUUCACGCGUGACAUUACAGUAUAGAAAAUAUUAAAUCAGUUUAUCCUUUAUCAGUAUUGAAAAAAAGGAUGAAGCUGAUUCUCGGAGGAAAAAUUAUUUUUGCAUAUAUGACAAAUAUAAUACAAGUAUUAUAUAUGUAUAUAUAUAUAUAUACAUAUAUUAAUGAUUGCGAUUUGAAUAUGAGAAUGCUCGAGAUGAAAUAUGAUAUGAAAAUGCUUGAUAUAAAAUAUGAUACUCAAUCGUUCCGCUGAAAUUCAAGCGCGCACGAGAUAUCUAUAUAUUCUAAUUUUAUAACAACAUUUCAUAAACAAUCACUGUUGGCCUACGCUCGCGCUAAUUAAUUUCAUUUGACGAUAUCGGGCGCCUUUGAAUCCUUUUGACGCAUAUGAAUAUAAGUUUAAUAAUUAAUAUUUGCCGGUCAAUCUGCAAACAAUGACAAAAAUUAUGAAAUAAUAAAGCGAUAAAUUGAGCUUCAAAUAUUUUCAAGUAAAUAAGAAGCCCCGUGUAAACAAGGUUUAGGCUUUCUCUAUUACGUAUGAAAUUCUGGAAAUGCUGAAUAAACAUAAACGUUCUGCUUGCACAUCCAGCCGCCAGUUUACUCACACGUUUAUUGAAAGUUUUCACCCACGUAUGACCGAGGUGAAUGCGUUUCAAUUGGUUGCGCACGUGGUUGGAAAAGUCUACGCUCGCAAAAUUAAUCGGAGAUCACCUACGAAUCUUUUUGGAUUUCAGUAUUGUGAUCAAAAUUAGAUCGAUAAAAACAGCGGAAUCAAAAUUCGGUAUAAUUAUACAUAUA